GAUUGGGAUUAAUGUUUCAAAAUAAAACAGAUUAUGACAGAGGAGUGAAUACAUUCUCACCAGAAGGUCGUCUAUUCUAGGUGGAAUAUGCAUUACAAGCAAUCAAAUUGGGAGCAAGUGCUUUGGCCAUAAAAGUGAAUGAUGGAGUGGUGUUGGCUGGAGAAAGAAAAUUGAAUUCAACUCUUUUAGAGCCUAGGAGUAUUGAGAAGAUCUAUGAAAUUGACACUCAUAUUGCUUGCACUGCCUCUGGUUUCAUUCCUGAUGCCAGAACAUUAGUUGAACAUGCCAGAGUUGAAUCCCAGAAUCAUAAAUUCAAUUAUGGUGAACCCAUCAAUGUUAGAGCACUCACCUAGAUUGUUUGCGAUUAGGCUCUUGAUUUUGGAGAGAGUGAUUCCAAAAGCAAAACAAAAAUUGGCGCUAUUGAUUGCUGGUGUUUCUGA